GGUCACACUAACCGGCUGUUAUUGUUGCGCAAACUAUGUUGUGUUCUUAAAACUAAUUUCGUUUAAACUUUUAUUUAGUUCAAUAAAGGUGUUUCUUUGCAUGCCGUGCACUUUGAUCUAAGCCCAAUGCCUGCUCCUCUGUGCUUCAGAUCGGCGCGAUGCCUUCUUUUGGGUCGCCUUGGAUCAGUUUUUCCGCUCAGACAGCUGGCAGACAAGGGUUCAGAUAUAGUGAUUCCUCCCGAACCCACGACAUGUUGUAUGUCGGGCUGUGCCAAUUGCGUUUGGAUCGAAUACGCUGAAACUCUGUCGAAAUUAUUGGGCGAUAAUGAUGAGCGUGCACGUGAAAUUGUUCUGUCUAAGAUCCAAGAUCCCAACUUGAAAAUGUUUCUAAUGGUGGAACUGCAGAACAUGAAACGGCUUCGGGAACAAAAAGCAACUGCUGCCAAAGAACAACCCAAGGAAACACCUAAAUAGUUUGAACUAAAGCUCAAAAUUCCCAGUUAUUAUGGAACUCAGGUCUUAAAUUGAAAUUAAUGAUCCAAAAAUUGGAAUUUAAAUUAUGUUUCAUCUAUCUAAACAUUUAAUUGAGUAUCUUGACCUAUUCUAUUAAAUUUAUGUAAUUAAAUUGAGAGGAACUUUUCUAAACCUCAUUAGGAUUCGGGUUUUGAAUUUUGACUCAUUUUUUAAACUGUUUUACUUAAUGAAUUUCAUUAAAAGAGAAUUUCUAAAA